AAAACCCAAAUAAUAAAAGCAUCACCUGUAGCUUUAAGAAACAAAUGCCCUCUGAAGUCUUGGCCAUGCACGAGAAUGUAUUAAAAUGCCCAACACCUGGAUGUACCGGACAGGGCCACGUGAAUAGCAAUCGCAAUACACAUCGAAGUUUAUCAGGGUGCCCCAUCGCCGCCGCGGAGAAACUCGCCAAAUCUCAUGAGAAGCAGCCGCUGCCGACCGGUGACCCAUCAAAGAAUAGCUCAAAUUCUGAUCGGAUACUCAGGCCUAUGUGCUUUGUGAAGCAACUGGAGGUGCCUCAGUAUGGCAGCUACAGGCCGAACAUGGUUCCCACCACGCCAAGGGCCAACCUGGCCAAGGAGCUGGAGAAGUACUCCAAGGUCACCUUCGAUUAUGCAAGUUUUGAUGCUCAGGUUUUUGGCAAACGCAUGCUUGCCCCAAAGAUUCAGACUAGCGAAACCUCACCUAAAGCCUUUAAAUCCAAACCUUUUCCAAAGGCCUCUUCCCCCGGCCACAGUCCCUCGAGCAGUUACGUGAAGAGCACUUCGUCUUCGUCCACAGGCUUCGACUACUCCCACGAUGCCGAGGCGGCGCACAUGGCGGCCACCGCCAUCUUGAACCUCUCCACCCGCUGCUGGGAAAUGCCUGAAAAUCUCAGCACCAAGCAACAAGAUCUCCCCAGCAAGUCCAUGGACAUCGAGGUGGACGAAAACGGGACUUUGGACUUGAGCAUGAACAAGCACCGCAAGCGCGAGAGCGCCUUCCCCAGCAGCAGCAGUUGCAGCAGCAGCCCCAGCAUUAAAUCCCCGGAUGUCUCCCAACGCCAAAACAGCAGCAGUGCCACAAGCAGCACCAUGACCUCACCCCAGUCCAGCCACACCUCCCGGCAGGACGAAUGGGACGGCCCCAUCGACUACACCAAACCAAAUCGGCAGCGGGAAGAGGAGCCGGAAGAGUCGGAGCCUGCGGUCCGAUCUUUCGCUUCUUCCGAAGUGGAUGACCAGGAAGUACCCGAAGAAAACUUCGAGGAGAGGAAAUACCCGGGGGAGAUCACCUUAACCAACUUCAAGCUGAAGUUUCUCUCCAAGGAGAUCAAGAAAGAGCUGCUCACUUGCCCUACCCCAGGCUGUGAUGGCAGCGGACACAUCACUGGGAACUAUGCUUCUCACCGCAGCCUUUCUGGUUGCCCUCUUGCUGACAAGAGCCUCCGAAAUCUCAUGGCUGCCCACUCUGCUGACCUCAA